UAUUUUUUGCGGACAAAACUUGCGAACUUUUGAAAACUUGCGGAUUUUCGGAGACUAAAGGAACACUAAAAUAUUCAAAAAGGUGUCUAUCUGGAAAUGGUAUUAAAAGAAAGUUCUGUGAACAUUUGGAUGCAAAAUAUAAGGCUAGCAAUUUUUGGUCUGUUUAUUGGGGCAAUUCUUAUUUUAGUAAAAGAUACGAGACGAAUUUCUGAAGAAGGGUUAUUUGUCGGUUUUGAUGCUUUGGUUUGGGUAAUGACUGCAACAAAUUCGUUGGGAGGGCUUUUGAUUGCUGUUGUGAUUAAAUAUGCAGAUAAUAUAUUGGUAUGUUUAAUAGAAAUGGUUACAGUAUGGCCUCGUUUACAUGUAUGA